AUGGAGAGGUUCACAUCGGCAGCGCUGGUGUGCAAGCAGUGGCACCGCCUCACCAACGCGCCCGACCUGCUGCGCCAAGGCGUGUCUGCCCGCAUCGAGACGGCGCACCUGCAGCGCCUGCAAGCGCUGUGCCGCUGGCUGCGCCGGCACGCAGGCAGCCUGCAGAACUGCCUGGAGAUCGCGGUGGGCGCCCCGCCCGGCAACAAGGCGGCGCUGCAGCUGGAGCUAGGCCGCUGCGUGGUGGUGGCUGUCAGCGGCGGCAGCCUGCGCUGCCUGUCCCUGGCGUGGCUGGGGUCCAAGCAGAUCAAGCUGGGUGCAGAGCUGGCCGCCUGCACCAACUGCUCCGCCCUACGGCAGCUGGCAAUCACCAGCUGCGGCAGCGGCACGAUCCACAUGGCUUGCCCGCUGGCUCGGCUGAGCGCGGUGGAGCACCUCAGCCUGCACGGCGCUUGCAAGUGGGAGGCAGGCCUCGCCUCCCUGCCCCCCAGCAUCACCCGCCUGGACCUGGAGAAAGUGUCGGAUGCCAACAAGAGCAGGCUGCCACCACAGCUGGCUGCCCUGACAGGCCUAGACAGCCUGACUCUGGACAUGAGCAGCAGCCAAAUCGACAACGGCGGGUAUAGCGUGCUGACAGCCCUCGGCAGCCUGCGCCACCUCACCCUGGUGGGCUGCGGGGACUGGCCUGCGGACCUGCAGCGCCUGACGGGCCUGGAGUCCCUGCAUUUGCGCAGUGCGGGGUGGUGGGCGGCGCAGUAUGGCGACGGGUGGUGGGCGGCGCACUAUGGCGGCGUGCCCGCUGGCUUCCAGGCCACGCUGCUCGCCCUGACCCGCUUGCACACGCUGACGAUCAAGGGCACCAUGACGCGGCUGCUGGAUCCCAGCACGGCGCUGGUGGGCAGCAGUCGCCUGCGGUGGCUGUACGAUGGGGGCAGCCGUGGCAGCAACCGCAACACCAGCGGGCAAGCCAUGUUCUGCCCAGAGGCCUGGCCCGAGGGCCUGUCGGCUGUGCUCUCUGACUGGCCGGCGUUGGUCAGCAGCAGCUGGAGCCCAGGCGUGGCGCAGGAAGUCCCAGGUUACGCCAAUCGCGGCCUGGAGAUGGUCUUGUCCAAUGAGCUGAGUGCCCUGAAGAGGCGCCGCCCUGGCCUGCGCAUCUCCAGCAAAGGGCCCGCCGACACCGAGCACUUCCUGGCGACAGCCGGCGCGGUGUGCCAGCCCGGGCAGUAG